AUGACACAAGCCUUAUCACGGAUCGCGGCCUCUUUCUUAGAGCAACGAAGUGAUCUUGACUACUUGCAAUCCAUGGAUAUCCCGAACGAGGCCCGGCCAGCAUGGACCGAGAGUAUCGUCAAAGAGGGGGGUCAUUCAGGCUCUGCACAGAUCAACACAGUACCAGAGGGACAAUAUCCCACCUUUCGGCGCAUGGCGAUCCUGCUCUUACGACAAGGCAUGCCUGAUGGAUUGUAUUGGAGCAAAGAAACACUGCAAACCAUACCAGCGUUUGGCAGCCGACGAACGCUUCCACCACCACCGGGCCCAGCUGACACAAAGGAGCCUCCCGUACGGGCUAAGAGGAAACGACGGUCCAAUAGCAGCCAACCAGCUAUUGAUACUAGUCCUCCGCCCCCUAGCAACCCCGUGCUGUAUGCCAUUCAAGAAGAAGAACAUGACCUGAGUCAGACAUCGGCAUACUCUACUACCACGACCACAUUGGAAGAAAGCACCACAGGCCUCAUGCGUGACGAUGUAGCUAUGCGUCAGGACUAUGACGAGCAAGCGCUUUCCGUGAGCGAUUACAUGGCCCAACCCAGCACAUCACGUCGUAUUUAUGGGAUCCAACAAAUACGCCCUAUCCAGAAACCGGAGUCAACCAAGGUGCAAGACAUGCUUAUUUCAUUGCUCAUUGAUACUGCCUCUUUAUCGAUGCAUGCUUUCUUAUUCUUUUUGUCUCUCCUAUUCGUCAUUGUCGGCAUCCCUGUGGAAAUCCAGCCGAAAGUAUGGAUCCCCUCUGUGGCGUUGGUUAAACGCUUGACGUCGGAACUCGUACAGAUUCAAAUGGACUUCGUCCGUCAACUCAUUCCACAAACCAAGAAGCAGCGCGAAGCUGCCGCUUUGCAGGGGACUGAAUUGAUCCCACUACAAAUUCCUUUUGAAGACCGCUUGGCAUUUGCAUCUCAAACACUGGCGGUGCAUAUAUACCAUUCCUCCCUGCCUUCCCAGUUUCAGGUACUGCGAAACAUGUGCUUCUCAGCUUUAUCUCACACACAAGAGAACAAGAAAUGGGCAGAAUGGGCAUCCCAAGCGCCUAUGCGACAAAUUCUCUGGAGUCUACACUAUUUGAAAGAACAUGAUGUGCACCUCAAAUUGGGGUACAUUGUCCAAGCCGUUUUCGAUGCGGUUCUACUUGGUGUGGACACCUAUCGCCAAGAGGCUUCAGCGACAAAGCCGUAA